CUUUUGUUAGUGAAGUAAACAUUGAAUCGAUUUGUUUAACAGUUAUUUUGCAGUCAUUUGUCGUUUCAUUUGAUUUGAAAACAAUUGUGGCCACAGUUGAUGUCAACGGCGAUGUCUAAAGUGGACACAAAUGAGCGCAAAGCGAGUGGCAGUCAGAAGCAAUCGUUGGCCACCAGGAGGUCGACAUCGCCGGUGAAGCUCAAGGUUAAGACAUUGGGUCCGGUGGUGAGGGGCAAGAGUCAACGCAAACAACUCAAUGGAUUCACGUGUAAAGAAUGCGAGGACUACUAUAAGACCCGUAAUCUGAGCGAAGAGGGUUUGAAGGAGCGCCUGAAGGCCUGUUCGCGACACCGGAGCCAACACUCGCCGCCCAAAAGUCCGGAACACUUCUGGGAGACUCACUUCCCCACCACUCCUGAGUGCAUCCGAAGAGGUAUAUUCAAUGUGGAGAACGUGUCGCCAAAGGGCGCAAAGAGUGGUAAAAGUAGUGAUAAGAAGUGCGCGAAAAGACUUUCCGACGAUUUCUGCGAAGUGAUUGCUGUCGUCAACAAAGUUGAGUCCAAAACCAGUGCCACAAGAGAUCAGUGAAACGCAUCCGUAAACCAAUUGUUCAUUAAUUCAUUACUCGUUUGNGAUGACAUCCCAAAU